AUUAUUAUACUAGAGUAUUUGGUUAUAAUUGUUACAUUAGUUUAUUUUGUAUGGCCCGAAGCUCUUGGGGGCUCAUUACUAAACAAUAACUAUACAAUAUAUAUUUCUUGUUGGUUUACCUAUGAAUAAUCAAGAGAAAAUCUAAAUUGUCAAAGAUAUUAAGGAAUAAUCAGUUGCAGCUCAUGCAAAGUAUAAUUAAAAGUUAUACUUGAAAGAUAAAACAUCGACAGACAUGAGUAGAGUAAGGCGAUUCAUGAGUGCAGCUUUUGCUAACUCUAACGUGAGAUUCAGCGAUGCAUCUCAAGAUCAAGAACACCUCAUCACAGACACCCAAAGCUUGCAGUCGUAUGAAGUACCAGAAAUGAAAAUGUCUUUCAGACAUGUACUGCCAUAUCUGUCACCUGCCUAUUUAAUACUGAGGUACAUUGUACUUAUCACGACUUUCUCGCUGAUAACUUAUGUACUAUGGCAAUGCAUGGGAUACUUGGAAGAGGGUAAAAUACAGCAGCAACACAUCGAAAAUGAGUUGAAUGUCUUUCACCAAGCUGCAGAAAUGAAGUUGAAACAGCUCAACAUUAUUCAAGAGUCCAUGAAGGAUAAACUUGAGAAUAUAAAUAUUAUGACGGAGCAGGGCUCCAAGAGAAUCAAAGAUAUGUUUACCUUUUCUAAAAGUGAUUUGUUAAGAGAAUAUGAGGAGGGUACAGGGGAUCAGUGUCACCUUAUACCACUCAGCUUGAGGUUUGACUGUCAUCCUGAAAAUGGAGCAUCAGAGUCAAGCUGUACCCAAAGAGGAUGUUGUUGGAACGCUUUGCACGAGUUACACUAUGAAAAACAAGUUCCUUUGGAUGUGCCUUACUGUUAUUAUCCGAAAAAUUGGAGUUUGUACAAAUACACCAACUUUAGCAAAAGUGGAAACGAUUUUACAGGAUUAUUACAACUACAGAAUAAUUCAUAUUAUAAGGAAGAUUUACCUCUUAUUCAGUUUGAAAGUACUGAAAUUGAUGACACCACCUUACAUGUAAAGAUAUUUGAUCCUACCAAGAAACGAUAUGAGCCACCGUUUCCUGUGAGGGCUGAUAAGCCGAGUGUUAAAAAGAGUUACCAUCCCAUGUACGAAUUAAAAAUGGAUGAAAAUAUUCCUGGCUUCAGAGUGGUUCGUAAGGGUAAUCAGAGAAGCGUAUUUAAUUCGAUUGGAUUUGGAGGAUUUAUAUUUGCGAAUCAAUUCCUGCAAAUCAGUUCUGUCCUGCCAUCCCACAAUAUUUACGGCCUCGGUGAGCACAGGGCUAACUUAAAAUUGAAUACCAACUGGCAAAAAUUCACUAUGUUGAAUGCUGAUCAACCACCUGUUGAAAAUUCAAAUCUGUAUGGCUCUCAUCCAUUCUAUAUGGUAAUAGAAUCGUCAGGAAAGGCACAUGGAGUUUUAUUUUUGAACAGUAACCCAAUGGACAUUAUUUUGCAACCAACGCCUGCAAUAACGUAUCGAAGCAUCGGCGGAAUUUUCGAUAUGUACUUCUUUAUGGGUCCAACGCCCGCAGAUGUGCUAAAACAGUACGCUGAAAUAGUUGGGAAGCCAUUUUUUCCACCUUACUGGUCACUAGGCUUUCAUUUGUGUAAAUAUGGAUAUGAAACCUUGGAACAGACCAAAGCUGCCUGGCAAAGAACGCGAGACGCUCUCAUUCCAUUUGAUACUCAAUGGAACGAUUUGGAUUACAUGGACAAAAACAAUGACUUUACGUAUGAUAAAACAAAAUUCAAGGACCUGCCCAAAUUCGUCAAAGAACUUCACGAUGCUGGAAUGCAUUACAUUCCUCUGAUCGACGCUGGAGUUUCAGCGGGUGAACGAAGCGGAAAAUACGCACCUUUCGACGAAGGAGUCCGUCGUAACGUUUUCGUCAAAGAUGCCAACAGCGAGAAGCCAUUCAUUGGCAAAGUCUGGAAUUUAGUUUCGACCGCUUGGCCGGACUUUACAAAUCCAAACACGACGCCCUAUUACACGGAAAUGAUGGGUAAUAUGCACAACGAGUUUGAAUACGACGGUGCUUGGAUCGAUAUGAACGAGCCGUCGAAUUUCUUCAAUGGACAUAAAAAUGGCUGCCAGGCUAAUCCACUCGACAAUCCGCCUUACCUUCCCCAGGUGAACGGAGACUUAUUGGCCACUAAAACUCUUUGCAUGAACUCCAAACAAUACCUCGGAAACCAUUACGAUCUUCACAAUGUUUAUGGCACGAGUCAAGCCGUUGUUGUCAACCACGCUUUGAAAAAAAUCCGUAACAAGCGUCCAUUCAUCAUAUCCCGAUCCACGUGGGAAGGCCAUGGCCAUUACGCAGGUCACUGGACUGGCGAUGUAUACUCUCGAUGGCACGAUUUGAGAAUGAGCGUUCCGGAAGUAUUAGCCUUCAGUUUGUUUCAAAUUCCAAUGGUUGGAGCGGACAUAUGCGGCUUCAAUGGCAAUACAACCGAGGCUCUUUGCAAUCGCUGGAUGCAAUUAGGAGCUUUUUAUCCGUUCUCGCGAAAUCACAAUUCCGACGAUACCAUUGACCAAGAUCCAGUUUCUAUGGGCCAGUUGGUCGUCACGUCUUCUAGAAAAGCAUUGAGAACAAGAUAUUACUUAUUGCCAUACUUGUACACCCUGUUCUACCGUGCGCAUAUGUACGCGGAAACUGUGGCUCGCCCUCUCUUUAUUGAAUUUUAUGAUGAUCCAAAGACGUACGACGUUGAUUCGCAAUUUUUGUGGGGUAGCUGUCUUAUGAUUGUACCAGUGUUGGAAGAGAAUAAGACUGAUGUUGACGCGUACAUGCCGAGAGGUGUCUGGUACAGUUUGUACUCGGGCGAUUCUUCAUUUUCCAUCGGCAAAAAUUACACAUUCGACGCGCCAUUAGAUACUAUUCCAUUGUUCGUUCGUGGUGGAUGUAUUUUACCUGUUCAAGAGCCAAGUCUUACAACCACUUUGAGUCGCCAAAAACCAUUCAGUUUGUUAGUAGCUUUAGAUGAACGAGAAAAUGCCAAAGGUGAAUUGUAUUGGGAUGACGGAGAUAGUUUGGACUCCAUCGAGACCAAGCAGUAUAAUUUGUUCGAGUUUGAAGUGACAGAUAGUGUUCUGACGAGUCUUGUAGUUGAUGGUGCUUAUAAAAAUAGCACCAUGAAAUUAGGAAAAAUAACCGUGAUGGGUAUUUCCAAUAUUGUGAGAGAAGUAUACCUGAAUGGCAAAGAAGUGGAGUUUAACUAUGACAAUGAUUUACUUCUUCUUGAAGUAAGGAGUUUGUCGGUCGAUUUUACGGAAAAACUCGUCCUAAAAUGGAGCGAUAGGGUAACCCACGAACCCACAACCGGAUCACCAAAAAUCUUAGUAUUGCCAAAACAAGAAGCACUACAGCAGCAUCCUGAUGAAGUGAGCACCGUUACUUCUCCACAUUUAAACAAAUCAGCAACAAAUUUCCCUCUAGUUCAAAUCCUUAUACUUACCGUGAUUAAUUUUCUAAUCGCGAAGUAUUUUGUGGCAUUGUAAUUUAUUUGACUGCAUAUGUACGUUUUUCUGGACCAUUUGUUUUUAGUUUGAUUUGUACUUGUUAAUAUAAUUUUGGAACACGACAUUUUACGUUACAUAUGAUGAGAAUUGGAACGAAAUAUUUAUAGUGUAAGACAAAUGAUUGAAGAGAAUGUAUUUUUAUAGACAUUUACACUUACAAGUGUGUCAUGUGCUAAAUAGUCAAUUAAAGAUGUGAUAUUUUGUAACGUUAUAGUAUACAAGGAGGCAAAAAUCUCAUAGUUUUUACACAGUUACACUGUAUGUGUAUUAAACUUGAGUAAAUUGUCAUCCGUGUAAUGAAGAAAUUGUUUGUUAUUACAGAUUAUAACAUCUUAUGGUAAAUUUUUUACUAUACGUCUUUAUACCUAAGAUUUUGAAACAUUUUUAUUACUUUGACAAAUAGCUUAAUGUACAUUUUAUUUAAAAGCAGUACUACUGCUUACUAUGAAAAUACUUUAGAUUCUAAUGGCUUUCAGAAAAUUUGUUACUUCC